CCGGUAUCCCUUUCUCUUUCUUUAUAUGAAAUGAAACCUCAUUUUCUUACUCUUCGGCCUCUUGUAUCCACUGUCACUGCUCCCACUAUUCAUUGCUGCAGUUCACUACUUUUCUGAUUUUAUCUUUGCGGUCAUGGGGAAGGUUAAGAUCGGGAUCAAUGGAUUUGGAAGGAUUGGAAGGUUGGUGGCCAGAGUGGCUCUGCAAAGAGAUGAUGUUGAGCUUGUCGCAGUCAAUGAUCCUUUCAUUUCCGUUGAGUACAUGACAUACAUGUUCAAGUAUGAUACAGUUCACGGUCAAUGGAAGCAUCAUGAGUUGAAGGUUAAGGAUGAUAAGACUCUUCUUUUUGGCGAGAAGCCUGUCACAGUUUUUGGCGUUAGGAACCCGGAGGAAAUCCCAUGGGCCGAGACUGGAGCGGAGUAUAUUGUGGAAUCAACUGGAGUGUUCACUGACAAGGACAAGGCCGCCGCUCAUUUGAAGGGUGGUGCUAAGAAAGUCAUCAUCUCUGCCCCCAGCAAGGAUGCUCCCAUGUUCGUUGUUGGUGUUAAUGAGAAGGAAUAUAAGCCAGAUCUUCACAUUGUAUCAAAUGCUAGUUGCACUACCAACUGUCUCGCACCUCUUGCUAAGGUCAUUCAUGACCGAUUUGGCAUUGUUGAGGGUCUUAUGACAACUGUCCACUCAAUUACUGCCACACAAAAGACUGUUGAUGGUCCAUCAAUGAAGGACUGGAGAGGUGGAAGAGCUGCUUCAUUCAACAUCAUUCCUAGUAGUACUGGAGCCGCCAAGGCUGUUGGGAAGGUGCUGCCUGCUCUGAAUGGGAAACUUACAGGAAUGGCUUUUCGCGUUCCAACUGUUGAUGUCUCUGUGGUUGACCUCACAGUGAGACUAGAGAAGAAAGCGUCCUAUGAUCAAAUAAAAGCUGCUAUCAAGGAGGAAUCUGAGGGAAAGCUGAAGGGAAUAUUGGGCUACACUGAGGAUGAUGUGGUUUCCACUGAUUUUAUUGGUGACAACAGGUCAAGUAUUUUUGAUGCCAAAGCUGGAAUUGCUUUGAAUGACAAUUUUGUGAAGCUCGUUGCUUGGUACGACAAUGAGUGGGGCUACAGCACCCGUGUGGUUGACUUGAUCCGUUACAUCGCAUCUACUCAGUAAGUUUGCAGCAAUAUUUGAGGGUUUGCUCAAGCUGCCGUCUUGGUUCAGUGUCUGUUAGUACGAGGCUAAAUAAAAAUAAAUUUGGUUGAAGGACAAUGUUUUGAGGAUGAAUGUCAAAUAUAAUUUAGUUUUUCUUUUUUGGUCUGGUUUCUGGAUUUGAAUAUUGUUUUGCUGCUAUGUGUGAGAUGCUCUGAAACUAAUUGCAGACUCUUGCACGCUUUUGUGCACAA